CUGAGUUUAAUAUCCUCAAAUGCGCGUGUUUCCUUCGAACGCACAAACCUCUCCCGUCGGAUCGUCAGGUAUUUCAGUUGAAGCGCGCCCGUUUGUUGAGCAGUUUCGCUUCCAAGUUACCUCUGUUUAUCGUACGUAGCUUACGUCGAAGUUUUAUUCUAAACUGUCCUAACAAUAAUAUUUAGAUUAAAGAUUUUUCUGUAGUAUGUUCCAAAGCAGUAAUCAGCUGGAAUAGUAAUCAUUAAAGUCAGUUGCAAAAUUUUAGAGUGACUAAAGUGAAGUUUGAAACAUUUUCCUUUUGCUUGAACUUAGCGCAUCUGUGAAGAUUUGGAUUGUUGUUUUGAAUAAGAAUGUACGGAAAGAGCAGUUGUAGUUAAAGAUGCAAAAUUCCGAAGAAGACCUGGAAAACGCCAGCUCAAAAAAAUGCACAUUAGCAAUGUUUUGCGGAAAAACCAGUCUGUUUGUUCUGAUGACUGGAUACGCGCUUUUCGGUGCUUUGCUGUUCAAAUUUCUGGAAGGCGGAGGUGAAAGUCGACCCGUAGCCGAUUUUCACCGAAGCAGAGAGGAUUGCCUAAAGGAAUUAUGGACAAUUACAGAACGGCUCAACGUAUUAUAUGAGAAAAACUGGACCAAAUUAGUCACGGAACAGCUGAAGAAAUUUGAGCGGACGGUAGUUGAAACGGCCAAAAGAGACGAAACGCUCAACUUUGCCGGGCCAAAAUGGACCUUUGGAGGAUCUUUACUUUACACAAUCACUCUUUUGACCACCAUAGGCUACGGAAGACUAUCACCCAAAACAGCUCUUGGAAAAAUUAUCGCCAUAUUGUAUGCCGUUAUUGGGGUACCUCUCAUGCUCAUCCUGCUCUCAGAGUUGGGUACCGUUCUUGCUCAAAGCGUAAGAAGAGCAUACGCAAAACUAUGUUGCCAUAAAAACAAUGACACAUUUUCCUGCCCUACCGUAGGCUACCAUAAAGCGCCAAAUUCACCUACGAAGAGCCAUUAUUGCAAAACCAUGGACGAUUCAGCCUCGAUCCAGCUAGCAUCCACACACAGCACUCCAAAUCAUGUGAGUUUCCAAGCAAACCACACUAAUCAUUGCGUGGAACGACAUGAAGUUCCGAAACGUGCCAUUUUGGCCACUGUAAGAGCGAAUCAUACCAGAGGUAGAGGCAGACAUGGACCUGUGCGCCAAAUAUUGGCAGAUCCAAACUGUCCCACACACCGGCACAAUCACGGAAGUCCAUUGAGAAAUUCUUCCAUAGUUGGCAUUUCGACCGAUAUUGAGCUGGAUGAGGUGGAGGAAAGUGAUGAAAAUGAUCAAGGGCAAUGUGCUCAGCACGACACACCAUCUCGAAUUCCUUUAAUCUGGAGACCUCCGGACAAAAACGGUACCUCUCCUCUGCCUGUAGCAGAAGAAAUCAGCACAUCAUCCCACCUACCACCAGUGCCUGUUUUCCUCGUAGUGUUUAUCUUUUUUUCGUAUAUAGGCAUCGGGGCGGCGUGUUUUGCUAACACGGAUACCUGGACGUUUCUGGACGCAGUGUACUUUUGCUUUCUUGCCCUCACCACCAUUGGUGUGGGAGACAAACUACCUACCAUUCAUCAAAACGAUGUCGAAGGACAGUUACAUAUUUUUGCUUGUUGUAUCUAUAUUUUCAUGGGACUGGUUGUACUGGCUAUGUGUUUCAGUUUGGUUCAAGAGGAAUUGACAAUAAAAUGUAGGCAGCUUGCCAAUAGUUUGGGGUUCGGUAGGGAGUAGUAAUCUCCAUUUUACUGUGAUCUCGUAUCGACUUGAAUACGAAACAUAUUAAAUUGAUCGUAUCUGUAAAUAGAAAAA